AUGAUAAUUUCGCAACACAACCUUGGCAGUAUGGCAUCGUUUCGUUCGUCUGCAGCAAAGCUCCGCUGUAUAAAGCGUUUAAAAUAUACGAUUGCUAGCCGAUUUUCAAGUAGUAACUCAGUAGAUACAAACAGUUCCUUCUUCAAACUACAUGCGGAUGAUAAAGCCAAGGUAAGGGUUUUAAAUUAUUACUUUUCGUGCACAAUCACACUCACGCAAGAAUCUCUUUUAGCGCAGGGUGCUUCGAAUUGCGUUUUUCUCUUCUUCUUCUUUGUUUUAAGACAAUUUGUGAUUCAGACCAGAUUGAUUCUCAAAGAUUUUACAUAUUUGCUGAAAAAUUAUACUCAAAUAACUUUGUUCGAAAUUUAACUGGGCUGUCGGCGACAGCGAUCGUCAACUUAUGUUUCUUGUCCGGUAAAAAGAAUCAGGCUAUACCGCAGCCAUUACGUACAAUAUUCUGAGAUGUUUGUCUUAUUGUCUUUCCCUUUCUUACCUUUUUAACAUCCAUAAUGUUUUCGAAAGAAGUUGUGAGAAAUUUGGGGGCUGUGUUGAAAUCUUUUCGAAAUUCGAACUCGAAAGUGGCGUAACAACUAUAUGAUUGCGUGACAAAUAAGUUUCCCAGGCCCACCAAUGUUACAAAAAUUUUAUCCUAUACAAAAGUGCGGGUCCAACUUCUUAGUUGCAUUUUAAAAAAUUUGAAAUAAAAAGGAGACUGCUUUUUUUUAGUAUGAGAGAGAUGGCUACCUUGUGGUUACGGACAUAUUGAGUGAGGAAGAAAAGAAGGAACUUAUUGACGCUACAGAUGAGCUGAUUGAAAUGUGAGUUACUUACGUCCUUCCUAUAAUUUAUCAGAAAAAAAAUCGAUGUAGUGACUGUUCCUCGUGGAUGUCUUCACUUCUUGUAUCCCUCAGGAGCAAAAGUAAAACCCAAUCCGACAAGUACUUCAUGCUGGAGGAAGGUCAUUCAUCCACCAGGUCGCUUUUGAAACGGUCACGUGUCAUCUGUCCAUCGCUUAUUCACCCCGUUUGGAACAAAGCUCUACGACAUCCGAAACUUCUAGACGUCAUUUCACAACUGGUAUUUGCGAAGUUUUUGUUUUUCUAUGGCUGUUUACCAUUUACAAGGGCAAACCGGUUGGUUCACGGUUUGAGUAACUGGUAAGCAAAAUUCAGGACUGGUAAAUUUCCUCCCGCAAUCUCGCUUACCAUUUGCACAAACCAGUUCUAUUUAAGGAAAAACGGCCGCGAAGCAGCAAGCAAACGCUGAAACUGGUAUCAAUGACGGCUUUGAAGAAAUGGAACACUAAUUUCCGUUUGGAACAUUCCGACCAGGAAAUCAAGAGUCCCGGAAAUCUUCCACUAAAACGAUCCGAAAAGUCAUGUUCCUAACUUUCCGACCAGAUCUUCCGGCGACAUUUUGCAAAUGGUAAACAACCUACUACCCAGUUAUGAAUGAUAGGCUUUUCAUUGGUCAAUCAGAACGAUCGGGCGUAUUAUAUUAGAUAUUUUCAGAAACUUAUAAGGGGUGUCUGACAUUUUAUAAACAUCUGUAUUGUAAGAAAACCUUUAUGUGUUGCUACAGGCUUUUGAAGUUAUCAUGACAAAUACUACCUUCUUUUUUGUUCAUAGAAAAUGUCACGGAUAGUAAAUGUAUGCAAGUCUCAUUGUCAUCGCUUGUCAGCUGCCGGCCUUAACUGUGUACCGUAAGGCAGUAUUCGUAGCACAAAAUUUGCCCAUCGAAGACCUAUAGGUAUUUCAACUACAAAGUGUCAGUCAUAUAACCGCUGAUACGACGCUACAUGAUGACAGGGCUGAUCCAUUUCAAAAAUUGUUGUUGGAAAUUUUGACUUAAGAACCGUUUUUAUAGGAAACUUACACCAACGAUACCUUCUCCCACUGUACCCAGGCCCAAUGCAAUAGGAACCGAAUUCGAAUCAGUUUCAAUUUUUCGUUGUGAAAGAAAUAGAAGACAAGGUUUUGUAGGUUUUACUAGGAGAAUGGCAUAACUGUAGAUUAAACAGAACAUGCAGAAUGAUUUCCACUUUUUUAAAAUUAAGUUUGGCAGAAAUAAAGAAAGUCUUCAAUAUGUCACCGAUGGUCUCCUUAUACAAUCCAAAUCCCAUUCAGGGACUAAAAUUUCCAAUUUCCUUUAUUAACUUUCCCUUUCAUAUUUUCUGUCAGCUUUUCUUACGGCUCCCGUUUCUUAGUUUUACGCCAAUUAACGUAGGUAGCAUCCCCAUUUAUCAUAAGGAUCAUAUCUAUUGCGUCUAGUGCGUCAUAUGACCCCCACAUUUUUACUACGCACCCUUUUAAUCUCUGUCACUUUGAUCUUUUUAACACUUCCUUUUAAUAAAUAGGUUGACAGCCCUUCGAUCCGUUACAUAAUGCAAGAAAAAAUUCACAUGAAAUUCCCCGGGGAAGACGGCUCCUCAGGAAUCAAGUGGCACCAAGAGACCCGUAAAGAAGGGGUGUGUUUACUAAGCAUUGUUACCGUUGGCUUGGCUGUGGAUGACUCCACCAAAGAAAAUGGUAAGCAACAGAAAGCUAGGUAGAGCGAUUUUCGUAUGACCUUUAAAUGAAAACGCGCGAACAAAACAGAAACAACAAACGAACGGCAAUAGAGCGAUUUGAUUGGUUUAUCGAACGGAUACAAACGCGCGUGGCUUUUGUUUGGUUAAACGAACGCUCGGGUGAAAAACCUCGCGCCUGAGAACUUUCUAGAAAUCAUCCGUUACUUCGCUUUGACGUCAUACUGCAACACGAUUGGCCAGUCGAACAGUGAGUUCUCCAUAUUAGGGUUUUCUUUGGCGGGAAAACGAAGAGGCCAUGUUUUGAUCUUUUCAUCCAUUGGCUGAAUAAAACAAAUAACGAACACUUGCCGAAACCAUUUUUCAAGGUCAUACGAAAAUCGCUCUAACCUAAGAAAAUAGCCGACUUUUAGCCACGCCACCUUUGGUUUCCCUAUGAAAUGUAGCCUGCGUAGCGUGGCGGUUCGGGUCGGGCGCGCAACGACAAAACCGUCAAGCUACGCGGGCUAUACGAAAUGACGUCCGAGGAACGAGCGCAGAAAUUCCGUACUGAUGACGCGUCAUUACCCAGAUUUGGUUGCUCUUCUGAUUGGUUGAAGCAAAUAUCCUUAGAGGCACGACCAAUGAAAAGCACCUCCCAGAACUGAGUAGUGAUAUGUCAUCAGUAUUGAAUUUCUGAAGUCGUCGCUCAGACGUCAUUUCGCGGCAAAAACCAGUGGUAGCGUCGCAAAAUGUCGGCUGUUUUCUCAGGCUAUGAGCUACGCUACCCUUUCGCUUCGUAAAGUAAGCUGUCAGAUUUGAAGGAAGACGGUUAACGAAAAGCUUUUUUAUCCACCCCCGUGUAAUAUAUAGCGUGCACUGUGUAAUACAUUAUCGCGUCACUCUCUUUAGUGUGGGGUUGCCGUACAGCAAAUUAAAAUUAAACAUUGUUGCAUAAUUAUUCUAAGUCAUAAUCCUUGAAAUCGAAAUGAAACAGCGACAAUAAGUUUUCCUUUCCUUUGACGCCAGUUUUAGUUUCUGUUUCUAGCGACUGAGUAUCGAUCGUUCGCUGGCUACAUGAUUAUAGGAAGGCCUUAUAUAUACAUGCCCUUUUAAGGCUCUAUGUUAAAACAAUUCAACUCUACUUUCUCCCAAAGGCUGCCUUCAAGUCGUCCCUGGAACUCAUAAACAGCCAAUCCUUUCUCACUUUAAGGACGGCACUUUUGUGUCAGCAAUAGAAGAUCCGUCCUUUGACUCCAGUAAAGCUGUGCAUGUUGAAGUUCCAGCCGGCGGUGCGUCAUUUCACCAUGUGCGCACUGCGCAUGCUUCAGGACCCAACAACUCGACACAAUCAAGACGAGUGUGCUUCACUCAGUACUGUGCUACCGAUGCCUGGCCUCUCAUUGGCGUUGUUGGACCGGAGGGGUAUGGUGUUGAAGGUCCAGUGGACUGGGAACGAUUCUGUUCAACCAUUGUACGUGGUUCACCAACUCUUUAUCCACGAAUGGUGGAAAUUCCGAUAUCUUUGCCAUUUCCAUACGAAAGAGGAUAUGAUGUAUUUCACAACGAUUCUCAAGAAGCAGCAGAAAGUAAACAGUAG